AUGGCUCAAAGGAUAUGGCGUUGGCGUAAGAAACUUGCUAUUCGAGGUUCGAGCCUUGACGAUCUUCCAGCACCUGUGAUCAUCGAGCUUAACUCGGAUUCCGAUACAUCAUCUGACUCAGAGACUGACACAGCUGAAGGGUCGUCAACAGACACAAGUUGGAUAAACGUACUGAAGGAGCACUGUGUGAACACACAGGUGACGCGGAUACAGAAGAGGUCAACUGUUCUCAUAGAGCUACGUAGUCUUUCAGUGGAGGUGAUAGAAUGUCGAAAUAUCCCUAUGAAAUACCUGUCUCAUCCAUUCUGUGUUAUAACCCUGAACAGCGUGAAAGUUUGCCGCACUCGCGAUGUGGAUACCACAAAUCUAUUCUGGCAAGAGGUUUUCACACUUGAUGAUAUACCCGGUAAUGUUAGAUAUAUAUCAGUGAAGAUAUUCAAUCACAGCAAACGGUCCAAAGAUACAGAAGUCGCCCAUGUGACGAUACCACUCGUAGAGUUUGAUAACGCAGAGCUCAUUGACAAGUGGUAUACACUACAACCGCAUGCUGUUGUACGAUGUGAUAUGGGGUCCAUUCGACUACGCACACGCUACAUUCACCAGGUCAUUAUGCCGGAAGAACAGUAUAAUAGUCUCAAAGAUUUAAUACUGAAUGACUUUGGAAACAUUAUCACGCUAGCUGAAGUGUGUGGGAAUCACCGAGUGUCACUGGCUAAAGCUUUGCUGAAUUUGUUCAGACACGAGAGACAGGUACAGGUGCUGUUGAAGAACAUCAAUGAUUACUAUAUAGCCAAAGAAGAUGAAGUAUCAACAUUAUUUCGAGGAUCUACAUUGGCAACAACAUUAAUGGACCAGUACAUGAAAAUGAUUGGUACUGAGUUUGUUCAUGCAGCCAUCAAAGGACCUGUUUGCAAAAUAUGUGAAAGCAAGCAGAGCUGUGAGUUAAACUCACAGUUUCUGGAUAAUCCAUCAGAAUUGCCAAGUAAUACAGAUCAUUUUGUGGACUUUCUCACUGAAAUGGUCGAGUCCAUUUUUAAAUCCACAGAAAGUUGUCCCAAAGUUUUACGUUAUAUAUGUGGCAGAUUACAAAAAUCAGUUUCUGCCAAGUGGCCUGAAGAUGAAAGUGUUAGAACAAGAGUAGUCAGCGGUUUUGUGUUCCUACGCCUUCUCUGUCCUGCCAUUUUACACCCAAAGUCUUUUAAUCUGAUCACUGAAACUCCGUCAGAAACAGCUGUACGAACAUUAAAGUUGAUUGCGAAAGCUUUACAGAAUCUGGCAAACCUUGUAGAGUUUGGUGUGAAAGAACAGUUUAUGACUUGCGUAAAUCCGUUCAUUAAGAACAACAAGGCAAGAAUGGUGGAGUUUCUAGAUAAACUGUCUAAUGUUUCGGAGUGUAUAGAAAUCCAUGAUAAUGCUAUAAGUGAUCUGUCUCGUGAUUUAGCCACUAUACAUCAGAUUUGUGCCACACAUGUUGAAGAGCUCAGGAAACGCUCAGAUUCACAGGCUUUGAAGAGGCUUAUUGCUGUGACUGACAUAGCGACAAAUCACAAGAAGCAAUACAUGGGCGACACUUGA